GAGUGGAGACAGACGGAGAGAGAGCACCCACACUGGUCGCUUCGUCUUUACUUAACCAACCCUCCUUCACUCGGCACUUCAGACAAGGCUUUUCACCGCUCCAACGGCCGUCUAGCUGCUGGGCGGAGCUGUAUUUUAAACGUUGAUUUAGUGCAAAAAACACCGCAUUUUCCCGGAGUUGACAAAGUAAAGAGCAAAAGAUACGGGAGAGACAUGGCCACGACAACCUGUACGCGAUUCACAGACGAAUUUCAGCUGUACGAGGAGCUGGGGAAGGGAGCCUUUUCAGUGGUGCGCAGGUGUGUUAAGCUGUGUUCAGGACAGGAGUAUGCCGCCAAAAUAAUCAACACCAAAAAGUUAUCCGCAAGAGAUCACCAAAAGUUGGAAAGAGAAGCUCGGAUUUGUCGUCUGUUGAAACACUCCAACAUUGUUCGUCUUCAUGACAGUAUAUCAGAGGAGGGCUUCCACUACCUCCUGUUUGACUUGGUGACCGGAGGUGAACUGUUUGAGGACAUCGUAGCCAGAGAGUAUUACAGCGAGGCCGACGCAAGUCAUUGCAUCCAGCAGAUCUUGGAGGCAGUGCUUCACUGCCAUCAAAUGGGCGUGGUGCACCGGGACCUGAAGCCAGAGAACCUGCUCCUAGCAAGCAAAUGUAAGAAUGCCGCAGUGAAGCUGGCCGACUUUGGCCUGGCCAUUGAGGUGCAAGGGGAUCAGCAAGCCUGGUUUGGUUUUGCUGGCACACCGGGGUAUCUGUCCCCUGAGGUUUUGAGGAAGGAGGCAUAUGGCAAACCUGUGGACAUCUGGGCCUGCGGGGUGAUCCUCUACAUCCUGCUGGUGGGUUACCCUCCUUUCUGGGACGAGGACCAGCACAAGCUGUACCAGCAGAUCAAGGCGGGGGCUUACGAUUUCCCCUCCCCAGAGUGGGACACAGUUACCCCUGAGGCCAAAAACUUGAUCAACCAGAUGCUGACCAUCAACCCAGCCAAGAGGAUCACUGCUCAGGAGGCCCUCAAGCACCCGUGGGUCUGCCAACGGUCCACAGUGGCAUCGAUGAUGCACAGACAGGAGACCGUGGAGUGCCUGAAGAAAUUCAAUGCCAGGAGGAAACUCAAGGGGGCCAUUCUUACUACCAUGCUGGUUUCACGAAAUUUCUCUGUGGGCAGCAGGCAGACCACCGCUCCAGCCUCGGUCACCGCGGCAGCAGCAGCAGUGGCUGCAGCUGCCGGCACCACCGCAGGCCUGGUGGAACAAGCAGCUAAGAGCUUGCUCAACAAAAAGGCAGAUGUCAAGAAACGCAAGUCCAGCUCUACUGUCCAGUACAUGCCCCAGACAAACAGCAUCAAAAACAGCAUAGUCACCAGCCCCAAAGGAAACAUCCCUUCACCUGCUCUGGAACCUCAGACAACUGUCAUCCAUAAUCCAGUGGACGGGAUGAAGGAAUCAUCGGACAGCAGCAACACCACUGUGGAGGAUGAAGAUGUGAAAGGAAAGAGCUUAGACAACAGCUCGCUUAAGGCGCAAUCCAGCACGAGCUCCCAGCCAGAUAGCUCUCAGGGCUCCACAGCUGCUGUGUUCUCUGCCACAAAGUUUGCUGACCUGCUGGGCUCAGUGCGUAGGGGCUCAGGGCCCACAUCCGACGGGGAAGGGAGAUCCUGCACUCCACCUCUCUCUGCCCUCUCCGCCCCCUCCCCUCCACACACCCCUGUUGUCCCCAUGCAGAUGUCUCGGCUCACAGACCUGGUAAGCAGCGUUCGCAGGGCGCCGGCGGCCCCUGCCCCCGAGGCUGACGCUGCACCAGCAAUGGUACCUAGCGCCAGGCCCACCCCUCCAAACGCACACUACACCUCCCCACAUCCCCCUCACUCCCCCUCCAGCCCUCCCCUGUCUACCUCCCAGAUACGCAAACAGGAAAUUAUCAAGAUCACCGAGCAGCUGAUAGAGGCAAUCAACAAUGGAGACUUUGAGGCAUAUGCAAAGAUCUGCGACCCUGGACUCACUUCGUUUGAGCCGGAGGCGCUGGGCAACCUGGUAGAGGGCAUGGAUUUCCAUAGAUUCUACUUUGAGAACCUUUUGGCGAAGAACAGCAAGCCCAUCCACACCACUAUCCUAAACCCCCACGUCCACAUGAUCGGAGAGGACGCGGCCUGCAUCGCUUACAUCCGCCUGACUCAGUUUGUUGACAACCAGGGUCGGCCGCGGUCCAGCCAGUCAGAGGAAACUCGAGUCUGGCAUCGCAGAGACAGCAAGUGGCAGAACAUCCACUUCCACUGCUCGGGCGCCCCGGCUGCGCCACUGCAGUGAGGAAGAAUGCCAUAUCGUUGUCUGUCAGGAGUGAUCAGCAGGAGGACGAGGAGGGGUACGAAAGUACAAGUCCAGUGUCGGUUUGGGGAAAGGCUUUCAUCAACAAACCCCCCUUCUCUGGAUGCCCAGCCUCAACCCCCAGCAUGCAUAUCUUCUUCUUCUUCCUCUUCUUCUUCUUCUUCUUCUUCUACUCUCCCCUUUGUUUGUCACCUGUCCUACAACAUCUUCUGACAACUAUCAAAUGACAACUCGACAUGCCCUUACCACACUAGGUGUUGGGGGAGGGGGAGUCCUUCUUCCUGUGGUCUCUUUUUUUUUUUUUUUAAAUCAACCCUCUUGUCCUCCUGUGAAUCUACACUUGUGUGACAUAAACACUGCACUGGAAAUACAGUAUGUACAGUUUUAAGUCAAAUCUAUUAUUAUCAUUACUAUAUUAUUAUUAUUAUUAUUAUUAUUAUUAUCACACAUUUGCAAUUGUAUAUGUAAUUUAUAUAAUUCAACAUUUCUGAUGCCAGUGGUUUUUAGUUUUUUCUCUUAUCAUUUUAAGGAAGCAUGUUUUUCCCCUAUAUUAACAGUGGCUGUUUUUUCAUGUGGCUAUUAAGUGGAAACGAUAUUUGCAGUUUUUGGUCAUAUGCUUCUUGUACGUUACCUAUGCUUCUUUGCCCAAACUCACAUUGUUUUGUUUGUUUUGUGGAGUUAUUUUUUUUUGGAAGGGGAGUGUCCGAGUCUUUUGUGAAAGUGUGACGGUGAAAAUGGUAAUCCAGGCACAUAGUGCGAGACAGAUCAAAUGUAAUGACAGUUUGAGCAAUCUGGUUUUAACUCGCUGCAAUAUUAACUCCCAUAGAACGAGAUGUCUGAGCUCAGUGUCUUCCUGCCUCAAAAAAAUUCAAACAUUAAAAAAAGCAUGCAAUAGGAGCUUUACCCUGAACUCUCCAUCCAUUAAAGCACUGUCAUGGUGGGAAGCCCUCCUCUCACACCAUACCGACUUAUUCUGUAAACUUUCCCAUGUUCUGUGAGAAAAACAUCGAAGGGAAACAAAAAGUUACUAAUUUUAAAAGAAACAUUCGAUUUGUUUUCAUUUUUGGGAUGAGAUAUUUUGAACUAGAUUCAGACGUUCUUUGAAAUGUUUUGGGGGGCUCAUAAUAACAAGUGUAAUAUAUCAUACUGACUUAAAAGUUAGUUGUUGUAAACGCAUGAAACUGAACACUGUUUUUGCUACAGUAGGGGUGACAUGCUAUAAUAAUACAGAAAAAAUCUAAAAAAUGUCGGUGCUAAAAAGUGUUUGGGUAGUAGACGUUGCUAGGCGACAACUGAAUAUCCGCUUAAAAUAUAAAGCGUUUUUCUUAAAAGUCAAGAUAUUUUUAAUGCUGAAAUGUCAUUGCUUUCUAAUGAAAACACGACAGCAGUUUCCUCUUUUUCCAAUCAAAAAGUGCUCUGAAGGAGGUGUGACCUUUCUCACUUCCUAAGCAACACUUACACAUCAGUACUGAAGGCUCAAAUGUGUGUGUUUGAAGCCUCUACAAGUGUGAGGAGUUUCUGACCAUACCAUAGGAUCACAAGCUUUUGGUUUCUCUCUUCUGUGGUCUUGUUCCUCAUUCAGAGCCGUCCUUUGCCACAUGGUGCAAGAUAUGUGUGUGUGUCUGCAAGCAUGUACAGAACAUCUGUGUGUGUGUGUGUGUGUGUGUGUGUAUUCUUUACAAGUCUAUAGAUUAUAAUAUUUGAGGUUUGCGUUGUGUGAGGGAUGGAAAGAGAAGGCGUUUUUUCGGAGGACAUAUCAGUCCCCUGCCUUCAGAUGUGGACUUUUUAUCUUGUGAAUUUUCUGUUUUCUGUGUUUUUAUGAUAUGAAGUGGUUGUACCAGCGGUGGUCAGAUUAAUUCGAUGGACUUCGCAGCACUGAACACUGUUUUUGUUGGGUUUUUGUCUUGCGAUCAGCUCCUCUGUACUUUGCUUGUCAACCAUUGGCUGCCUUCACGUUUGUCUCGCUCCUAUUGGUCAGACCAAGAUAUUAAAGAGACCGGGCAGUUGGUUUGGUGAAUAGUCCUCAGGUUUCUAUUUAUUUUGAAUAUUUAUUUAUUUAUUUUAAGUGGAUAUUUUUAUUGUGUUUUUCCUUUUCCUGUUGUACAGCUCAUGCACUUGUGCAAGUACUGUCUGUUGUCGUUUGAAGGGACACUGCUUCAUGUAAAACACAACUGUUUUAAAGGGAUGGUAAACCCAAUUUGCAUCCUGCAUGUGUUUUUUUUGUAACGACCAACACGGUGUGAUUUUAUUAUUAUUUUCCUGCUUUUACAACCUUAGAUUGAAGUAGUCUUUAACAUUAUUUCUGCAGUUUAAUGGUGUCCAUCGUUGUCUUCCGCUUAGUUCAUUACCAUCUGGCUCUUUAAGUCUCAUUUAAGACAGGAUUUUAUUUCGUCGCAUCACCGCCAAGCUUUUAUCAAAGGAAGGAUGUUUCUUUUAUCAACGUGAACCGCUAAGUAGUAAUCAUGUCUCAUAAAGUAACAGUGUUAAGUUGAGCCUGUACUAAAGUAAAAGGUCAAAGGUUACCCGCAGGGGUUCAUCGCGCUGACCAGACUCCCCCACCCCCUCCUUAAAAAAGAAGAGAUAGCAGCAUGUACAGUUCACAGGUGUUGUUAUUUUGUUCUCCAUAGUGUGUUUACUAGCCUUGAUAAUCACUAUCAAAUGUUUCACAUAUCCAAAAUUAGGUAGAAGACGGUAAUACACAACUGCAGCUAGCUAGCUAGUCAGCAUCGUAGCUGGCAAUUUCUUUGCAUGACAGUCAACGGGACAUUUGGUGUUUUGCUUUAUAUUUGGUUUCUCAUUUUCUACUGAAUGCUGGUAUACUCGAGCUUUCUCUGUCUAUUUCUCAGCUUUUUAAGUGCAUAUAACUAUUUUUGUCUCAAGAUGAUAUAAUGAAGUUGAUCAGGAUGUUAAUGAUUGUGGCACCAUGAGGAUGUUGACCGUGAUGAUGAGGAGGUUAUGAAAAUGAUUUUUGCAUGCUUUCUUAUGGGGCUCUGUGUUGUCAGUGCAGAGUGUCUGCCUUUUGUACGUAGCUGAGAAAACACAAAGGGGUUUAUCUCUGUAAAAUAAAGAGGAGCUCACAUUUCAAUGACUGAUCAGGGCUGCCCAAUUAUGACCAAAACACUCGUUCUGAUUACAUCGUGAUGUUGAUACAUGAUCAUUUUUCUCAGUAAAUUUUGGGAGCUAAAAUCAUACUUCUUUAUUCACCUUGUAUCAAAAAACUUUUUAUCAGAGAUUUUUUACAUUUUGAACUAAAUAAAUGUACACAAAUUUGAUGAAUCAUGAUGUAUGAAUGAUUGAAGCUAAAUUAAUGAUAGAAAGUGACUUAUUGUGCAGCCCCACAUAUAAACUACAAUAACUCAUCUCUGCUGCCUUCCUGUCAUCUGAUUUAUUUACGUGAAGCGUUACUGAGAUAAAAUGAAGCCUCUGUAUUCUCUCUGAACCUCGGCCAUCUUCUUUAUCCAGACAGUGAACCACUGACAGCACGGAGCCGGCUCCUCUUUGUCGGGUGUCUUUCAGUCUUUCUCCCAUUCCCUCUGUUUCCAACCUAACUCGAUCAUUUCUCUGCCGUUGGCUCUUUCUGCUUUCCCAUUGUCUCUUUUUUCCCCUUCCUUCUGUACAAUAAUAUUAAUCCUCUAGUUCCCCGACUCUUCCCAUUAUUGCUCGGUUCUCUUUCAAGUGUUUCUAUAACUUCAAGACAAUGUGUUAUGGUGUUAUCAAUAAAAUGAUCAUUUAAAUAGAAAAGUGAA